CCGAGGAGCUAUCUGAUGGUUCCCAGGCCACGCUGAUGCUGCUCUGCCAGAAGAGAGAUGGGGAAAAGAUAUUUCUGUGACUACUGUGACAGGUCCUUUCAGGACAACCUUCACAACAGGAAGAAACACCUCAAUGGAGUGCAGCACCUCAGGGCUAAGAGACUCUGGUACGACUUAUUCCGAGAUGCUGCUGCUAUCCUGCAAGAGGAGCAAACCAAGAAACCGUGUCGGAAGUUUCUGCAAACAGGACAGUGUGAUUUUGGGUCCAACUGCAGAUUUUCCCACAUGACAGAGCAGGACCUGGAGAAGCUGAGUGCCCAGGUACAAGGUGAGUCCUCGAACAAG